AUGGAAACCAAAAAACCAUUGAAUAUUCUAUGUUCGGAAGCUAUAAUCAAGUAUAUGGAUUUUUCGGUUCGUUCUGCUGUCACAAGAAAAAGUCCCGGUUUCUGUGAACUACAAAAGUUUACUCCCGCUCGUAUCCAACGUCUCAGCCUCGACCAAAAAAGGAUUGAAAUCGAUGAUGGUAUUUAUCGAUUGAGCGUUGUUCAAACUUGUAAUGACGGAGAACCUUCGCAGUAUGUAAAGGAAAUGAACAAAAAAGGCGGAUGGGAAAAUGAUUUGGAUGAAUAUGGCUUGGAAAAAGAAAUGCCAGGUUGUUCUGUGAUAACUGUGCAGUCUUUGGUAAACGAACUUGCUCGAGCAAGAGGAAGGUUGGGAGCUAACUUUAAGAAAUAUCCUAGCUCCGCUGAAGCUUUUCGAAGACAGUUUCAAAAAGAAAAUAGAACGAUCUGCUACAAACUGAAAACGUUGAAGUUGAAAUCGAGAAAUCUUCCAUCUGCGUAUAAUCAAUAUAUUCGGCUGGCUGUAAUUACGAAAACAUUCAAAACUGUUGAAUACGUGAAAUACUCCCAUCGACUACAAGAAGCAAUGGAAUAUUUGAUGACAAAAAUAUUUGGUUCCUCAACUCUCAAUGACAAAAAGAUAAUUAUCAGAAAUAUGACGGUCGAGGAAAAUGCUGGUGCUUAUCUGGAAACGUUAUCUCCUAAAAUUAAUUAUGAAAAUCAUCCCCUCAACACAAUCACCACUGUUGGUGGUAACUAUUCUGACUUCGCAAUUACUGGGUCAGCUGAUCUACAUAUCAUCCAAGAAGAGGACGUCAAAUAUUGUUCGAACGCCCUUCGAGUUCACUUUAAAAUUGAGUGGCUCAAUGUUAACCAAUUUUAUGGUUUGCUUGAGUACCUCAAAAAAGCAAGUUGCCCAAUUGGAAAACAUAUCUCGAUUAACAACGGAGGCAGGAGAUUCAUAACAUUGAGCUCUAUCCCGAACGUUGUGAGAGGUACAUUUCCUGGAGAUGAAAAUCCGAUUCAGUGCUAUACUGCACGGCACGGCAGUCCAGACAGAGAAAUCAACUGUUUCUUUGUAAGAAAUGCUAAUGCCACCGAGCUUCACAUCAAAAUUAACCCACGAGGAUUUGCCGCCGAACACUGA